UACACAGCUUCCAACGUACAUGUAAUAUUUACAAACGAGUUGAGGCGCUACAAAUUGCCGGUGCUCUAUGGUAAUGGCGUUCGUGAAAAGUGCAGUUCUUGUAUGCUUGAACGUGGUACUUACCGUGUACUUACCACGACUGUGGACCACGAAGAGGCCAGUCAUCACUGGAGGCACCGUGCAGGCCGGAUUCGAACCGGUGGCAAAACUGUUCAGGGAAAAUUUUGAGAAUGGUGUGGAAUUUUCUACCGGUGGUUCAGCCUACGCGGUGUAUUACAAAGGGACAAAGGUCGUGGAUAUCUGGGGAGGCUACGCGGAUAGUGAGGCAAAUCGUCCCUGGAAGGAGGACACCUUAUCGGUGCUCUUUUCGACGACAAAAGGCAUCACAUCACUAUGCAUGCUGGUACUAAUCGAUCGGGGUUUGAUCGACUUAGAGACAACAGUGGCGUCUUAUUGGCCAGAGUUUGCUCAGAAUGGCAAAGAAAACGUCACAGUGCGCAUGCUCCUCAACCACCAGGCCGGACUUUCGUACACCAGCGAGAAAGUCACCCUUGCUCUUCUGGAGGACCAGGAUGCACUAGGAGAGGUCUUGGCACGGGCUCCGCUUGUAUGGCAGCCGGGCACUGCUCAUGGAUACCAUUCGAUGACGUUUGGUCUAUAUGCCAGCCAGCUCUUGCGACGCGUCGACCUCAAGCGCAGGACGCUGGGCCAGUUUUUCAAGGAGGAGAUCGCUCAGCCGUGUGACCUGGAUGUCCACAUAGGUCUGCCCUUGGAAUCGUUUCAUCGAGUAGCGCGGCCCACUGGCAACGCGGUCAACGUGGCGCUCGCACUGCUGUACGGCCUGACGACAAGCCCGGUCAACCGGCAAUUGCUGUGGGCGAUGUUCUUCGGGGAAACCGACCUGCCUCAAAUCAUCGAAUCGAGUGGGGAUACAGUGGAGUUCAGUGCUUACCAGCGUCCGGAAACGCUAGCCCUGGAACAGCCGUCUGUGUUUGGUGUCGGCACGGCCCGGGCUGUUGCAAAAGUCUACGGCAUAUUGGCCAAUGGAGGGCGGACUAACGACGGUCACAGGUUGCUGUCCAGUGACAUCAUCGAUAGGAUCAUCAGCGAAGCCAACAGUGACGGGUCGCGGGACCGGACUGUUGGAAUUGUGACAGUCUUGAAUUUUGGGUACUUUAUUGGUGAAUUCCAGGGCUCACCGCAGUUUGGGCACUCAGGGGGCGGAAGUGUGCAAGGGCUGGCCGACCCUCAACAGAAGCUCGGCAUGUCCUACGUCUCCAGUUACAGUUCCAUAUUCAGCCUUACUGACGACCCAAGGUUCACGUCUCUCCAAGAGGAAACAUACAAGUGCAUCAAGGAACCAGAGAGCUAGCAAGGGUUCACCUCAGAUUGGACAUCCGGGGGCCGGCGGCAUGCAAGGCCGUGUUGGACCUCAACGGAACUUCGGCACGUUUUACCUCUCAAGUUACGACUCUCAGUUCGGCCUGGGCGACGACUCAAGACUCACCUCGGAACAUUCUGGGCAACAACCUGUACUUGUGUAUCGAUGGGCUGGUGGCUUAGAUGGAGCCUCACAUGUGCUACAAGGUGUUGGUAUUCUGGCAAGUUCUGCGAUGCGCAUGUUUCGCGUCGAUGUCAAGUUUGUUUCACACUCAUAUCUACUACAAGAUGGCGAAAAUGCGAUGUUUGAUAUUAUUCAAAUGUAACGUGUCCAGAACACGAAAAUGUAAAAAGUAACCACCUGUGGAAAUUAACAGACGUAAUUCAAGAAUGGAAGCAAUGGGCGUUAAAAGCAGAUUAUUAACAAUAAUAAACCUAGCAUUGGGGAUUUCAAGUUGUAAUACCAACGUGACAAACAUUACCAACUCGUUUCUGUCCUGACUGCAAUUGUUAGUUUCUUAUGUGAAGAGCGGCUCAUGAUGACCUGUAGAUGACUUUUUUUGUUUGUCUUUGUAAUAAUAUUACUGUUCAAAAUAUGGCAAUUUUUAUGCUUUGUCACUGGCCUUCUCUUAAG